AUGUCACAAUCACCUGGAUUUGUCCAUGACCACUGUCCACGCACUGUGGUUAACAAUGAGGCGACAAAAAUUGUGCAAAACUUCUAUCAUACCCCCGAUUCAAGGGCCUCUGAACAAAGCAAAACAAAAGACCAACAAACCAUCUGCGAUCACUGUCCACACAUCGUGGUUAACAACAAGGCGAAACUUCUUGAGCAAAACUUCUACUCCAUCCCUGAUUCAACGGCCACUGAACAAAACAAAACGUCCUACCAGCCGACCAUUUUAGAUGUUCUCACAUCAGGACGCCGCCAGCCGGACUCGUCAGAGCUAAAAAAUGGUAGAAAUACGGACAACCCGAACUUCGCAAUAACCGAAGAGAUUGAAGUCUGGGAAGAAUUCACUUUUGAAAAUGUAAUGCUCGCCUUUGGGCCGUAUCUGCUCAUGGAGGCGCCUGACUCCAUGGGUCCUCAAAGUUUGUCAGAGUCUUCAUUGUUUACUAUCAAUGAGGCUUCUCUUACGACCAUAUUCAGGGAAUACACAUUAGAGACCGUAACACCCGCCGCGAAAGCGACUGUCAACGAUUCAACCUAUUACCCUCCGUCUAAUCUAGAGACUCCAGAGACUAUGUUACAUUACCAAGAGUUUGUUCUCAAAAAAUCAUAUAUUACGGAAUCGUAUCACAAAUACGUUGGAAAGGAUAUCACUGUAACGCCAGACUGGGUAGUUGUCCGUCCUCCACCUGAAUUGUGGUCGUUUAUAAAUUCCGAGUCUUCAAGAAUAACCCAGAACCACAAAGCUGCGCGAGGAAAGGCGAAGGCGCAAUAUACACAUGAGAAAUUCAAGGCCAAGUUGCUAGACUCACUUGAAGUUCUAUUGGUGGGGGAAAGUAAAAGAAGUGUAAACUGGACAUUUCAGAAGUCGAAGGACAAACUUGAACAAUUGAAGAAGACUCCGAAUAAACCGGAAAGUUCGGCGGCUAAACUUCAAUGCAAGAAUGCCAGCUCAUCGGAGAAAUGCAGCGAGAAAGAUGGCAGGAACAUGCUGCGACCUAUAGAUCAGACCAGCACAUACUGUUUGUGGGCUAACGUGCCACUUGGUUGUCUACACUCGGAGGAAGAGCUUCUCAUUUGUAAUACGAGACUGAUUGGCGGUCGAGACAGAGGUGACGGAAAACCUAGAACAGGUGUCAAAGUUGUGCGGGUGGUCUGGCAAGAGACAUACGCCCCAGACACACUUACGCCGGAGUUGGCACUUUAUUGUGCGACUAUUGCCGCUCAUAACAGCCGUGCCCGCCAUACCUACUCAGUGGGUGAAACCUAUCUCAACGAAGAUCUUAUAAUCUGGUACCGCAUUGCCGAUUUCAACGAUUCGAAAGAUACCCACGCCGUAGAUGGAAACACAAGGUACCGAAAUAAGAUGUCAGGCGCUGAGCGGCCUUAUUCCGAGUUGAAAGAACACCUCCAUCUCAAGCUCUUGGAGCGAGAGGUGUAG